AUGAAAAAAAAAGUUAUUUUUCGAAACACGAGACUUGAUAAAAACCUAACAGAUAAAAUAUCAGCCAGAUCAUUUCCUUUUGUUCUAUUAUAUUUAAAGGUGUGUUUAUCACAAUCCUCAGCCGUUAGUUUUACGGCUAAUUUUCUUCAAUCACGUGUUAUUAGUACGGAUGUGGGUGUUAGACUGGCAAAGUUAUAUGAGGCUUUACAAGUUAAAAAUUUGGAAGAAUUUAAUCAAAAAUUGGAAGAAUUGAGUGAAAAUAGUAGUGAGAAAGCAAAAAUCAUUCAAAAUUUAAAAGAAUCUUUUAUUCAAUGGGAAGAAUUUUUAUCAGAACUGGAUAGAGAAUUGGAACGUAUUGCUGGGCCAGAAAAACGUUCAGAAUUGGGAAAGAAUGGAACUGAUAUUCAAUUGGUCAGCCAUUUAAGUCGUCUGGCACAAAAUGGUUCUCUUUUAUCUUAUGUACAAUCAUCAAGCUAUUCUCUUAUGUCUGUUUUUUGA